CCGGAGGUCCACUCGUCUCCCGGACUCGCUUCCCUCCCCAUGGUGGUGGGGCUUGAGCGGCAGCAUCGCUCUGGGUGGGAGCUCAGCUGACGCAGGUGGCAGGUGGCGGCGCGGCCGCCAUGGAGAGGCCCGGCGAGGAGGACGACGAGCCGGCUGCAGAGGAAGGGGACGCGCUGGCCUUGCUCAUCAGGCGGCAGCGCAAGGAGAAGCGGGAUCUGCAGGCUAAAAUCCAGGGGAUGAAAAAUACUGUUCCAAAGAAUGAUAAAAAGAGAAGAAAACAGCUUACAGACAGUAUUGCCAAACUGGAGGCGGAUCUGGAACAGAACCAUGAAGAAGAGCUGAAGAAACUGAAGGAGACAGUACCUGAGCAGAGUGAGGAGGAUUCAGCAGCUGUAAGUAUGGCAAGAUUAGAGCUGGAGAACACACAACUGGUACCGCCUCCUCGAAUAUCAAAAGCACAGAAGAGGCGGGAGAAAAAAGCUGCAUUGGAGAAGGAAAGAGAAGAAAGAAUAGCAGAAGCUGAGAUAGAAAAUUUAACAGGAGCUAGGCACCUUGAAAGCCAGAAACUAGCACAUAUUUUGUCAACAAGGCAGCUGGAAAUCAAACAAAUCCCCUCUGAUGGACACUGCAUGUACCGAGCAAUUGAAGAUCAGCUCAAGGAGCAACAAAACUCCUGGACUGUUGCAACUCUUAGAGCCCAAACUGCAGAGUACAUGAGAACUCAUGUGGAUGACUUCUUACCGUUCCUGACAAAUCCAAAUACAGGUGAUCUAUACAGUCAUGAUGAAUUUGAAAAGUACUGUUGUGAUAUAGCAAACUCAGCUGCUUGGGGUGGUCAGUUAGAACUAAGGGCUCUAUCGCACAUCUUGCAAACACCAAUUGAAGUAGUACAGAUGGAUUCUCCUCCCAUUAUUGUUGGUGAAGAAUACAGUAGGAAGCCACUAAUACUUGUGUAUAUGAAACAUGCUUAUGGAUUAGGAGAACAUUAUAAUUCUGUAAAACCUCUGUCGGACAUAACUACAGAUAAUGAAUCCUAGUACACAGUUCCUCAGAAGAUGUGAACGAUGGAUAUUUAGCUCUUCACCUUGGGAUAGGUCUUAAAGCAAUUUCUGUCAAUUUUAAUAAGACACAGAUGGUUUGGGUAUGUGUGUGUGUGUAUAUACAUAUCAGAAAUCCUUUUUAAGCAGUAUAGAUUCUGAUGCAAUCAUGUUUUAGAAAAUUGUCCCUAAAGUGUUUGUAAUGCAAUUCACAAUAAAUUGUAUAUUACAAAAUAUUUGGUUUGCACUGCAUACUCUGCUUGGUGGCAAUGUAAUUGGUAUGUGGGCUGCUGUUGCAGUACAUUUCCUAUUAAGAGUAUUCAUUAGAUGCAAGUAGAAAUGUGAGAUGCUUUAAGUAGCAAUAUGAAAUUGAAAUACUAUUGAAGUGAUAUUAGGGCAUGGUUCUGUGGUGCCUUUUACAGUUGAAGUGCUUUAAACGAUACUUGUGACUUUUUUCUUUGCCGAACUUCUCACAGAGUAGUGGUUGAAGUGCUGAACAUUACAGAUUUAUUUGAGUAAGAGGCUCAGAAACCCAGGUUUGGUUUUUAUAGGCUUUAGCCCUUUUAAAAAUGAAUUUUGAUUUCAUCUUUGCUAAUAAACAGCUUGACUGCUUCUUUCUGCACCUUAACAUGUAGAAAGAGC